GCUUUAUUUCCAUAAGAGAUGUACACUGAAAUCUAAAUAUUGUUACAAAGGGAAAGAGUGACAUGUCUUAUGAAAUAGAAGUCAUAGAGCUACUCCUUCGAUCAAAACAGCGAAACGAAUUUAUUGCAAAAAGAGUUGAAGAGGUUCCAAAAAGGGCUUGAAAAGAGGAGUCAACAGGAUGAAAAAGCAAAAUAAAAUUGAGAGUAUCCUUGAAACCUCUGGAGGGCCUGAACUUAUCCAACAAUUGGAUAAAGCUGGAGUUUCAGAGCAUGAGCAGCAAUCCGCUUCAAUCUUUAAACAAAUUAACAGUUGUGAGAAAGAGCAGAUAGACAGCAAUGCAGAGAGAUACUCAGCAUUGCUUAAGAAGGAUGAUUCUGUGCUCGCUGAUAACACUUUCAAUGUUCCAAGGAAGUCUUUAGAAAUACAUAAUCCGUCGGUCAACCCAAAAGAGAAAGCCAUGCUACGGUCUCAAAAUUAUCUUAUUCCUCAACUACAGAAAACAAGGAGGAUUGCUGAGUCUGAUCUUGGGUACAGAGGAAGGAAUCACAUUGGAAAAGAGAGUUUCAUUGCUAUCAAAAAUGAGCACUUUGCAAGUUUUGAAAGCUCCAGCAGAAGCCCAAAGGGUUCAGGCAUUCCUGUUGAUUCCAGGCUAAAUCUGUAUAAAAAUCCUGAGGAAUACAACAAACUCAUCAGGAAAGAGAUUAGAAAAUAAGAGAAGGCUAAUGAGAAAGCAAAAAAACUCCUCAAGUCUGGAAAAGGUCUGUUAUAGCAAGCACGGCUUUACUAAAAUUCAGGAUAAAGAAUUGGCCGACAUCUUUUUAACCAAGAAGAAGCGUAGAAGGGCUCAGAAUCGAUCUGUCGAUAAGAAUCCGAUCAUGACAGUCCACAAACCAAAGUUUUAUAAGACAAGUGAGAAAUCUUCUGAGCCUCUACGCGAAAGAACCAUUAAUCAUAUAAACGUGACUUCUCAGAGCAUUAAGAAGAAUUGAGGCCUACCAAAGAUUUCUAGUAGAACCCCCAUAAGGUCUCUAAAGUUGAAGCAGGAGGAUCCAAUCUCACCAACUCAAAAGCCAGGAAGUAUCAGGUUGCAGGUUCCUUCCAAAUCAAAGUUUUGUGCUAGAAGGAAGAAAUUCUCCAGUUCUGUUUUAAGUAAGCUUACUACUAAGCUCUGAAUUAUAAGAAGAGCUGUGCCAGUCAGGAAAUCUGUCUAUUGAAACGGAAAGUGGGAAGAUAGACCAUGACCCUCAUUUUAUCUCUUGCCUAUAGGGAGCCAUAACUUAUCGACGAAAAUAGACACUUCAGGAUCGACAAAGGAAGUAGUGAAAGACUACAAACAAUUGCUAAAUUUCAACUUUGAUAAGGAGCUGGAGUUGGCAAAGAAGACACUUGGUUCAGGGCUAGCUACUAAGAAAAGAAUUGUACAGUUCCAGUUACCUCCUCUGAGUAGAGAUAAGGAGACUUCUCCACUCUAAUUAUCCAAAGAUACUAAAACAUGUUCAGCAGAAGCUCUGUUCUAUCUUCAUUAAAUUUUAUGC